UAUGUCAUGUCUAUUUUUAGAUUACAUAUUACAGUUGAUUGGUAUACUCAGGUCACGUGGUGCUUCAGGUGGUCAGCAGAUUUCUUCAUUACUUAAUGGCGGCGAAGUCACUGCGCAAAGUGAGUGACAAGAUGUCUUAUAUACACUAGCGGUAUAGACACGUAAAAACACGCAAUUUGUUACAGGUCUGCAAACAAGUUGUUACAGAUUUGUUCACAAGCUGUCGACAGGUUGUGUUUGCAAUGCUUGUUCCCAGUUGUUGUAACAAGUUUGGGUUCAGCUCUUAACAACUUGUAACAAGCUUGAUGGCAUUAUGAGACUUGUUACAAGUUGUUCUACCAAGUCUGAUACAGUCAUGAUAUAACAAGAAUGCUAAACAUUUUAUAUCAUGAUCAUCUAUUGUCUUAAUUGCAUUAGACGCGACCAAAAUUCGACAUACAAAACAGGCUAAGAGAUGACCCUUACUGGACCUCUAGGGAGAACAGUUUAGAACUGAUAAAGCUAUCCAAUAUACUGUAAAUAAAGUUAGUUUAGUUUAGGUUUACUCCUGUAGAAGCACUGGAUCUAUAAGAGAUGAUCUUACUGGACCUCUAGGAAAAACAGCUUAGAACUGAUAAAGCUAUCCAGUAUAAAUAAAGUUAUUCUAAUUUUUUUGACAAUCUUACUCCUUCACAGGCAAGCCUUUCAAAGAGGAGUUGUUAAUACCACUGCGUUCAUCACGGAUGUCAAUGGAACAAGAGGAACCUGCCGCAGUACAGCUUGACUCGAUUGAAAAAAUACAAGACAUCGUUGUCCAGGUUUGUUUACCCGCGUUGUCAACUUGAAAAAGGAAAAGAGACGAUCAAGCUCAUGCAUGUAUGAUUGAACUUUGAUCAAUCUCAAUUUGUUUAUACUUAGAUAUUUCCGUUUGGUGAAUACGAGAAAACCUUCUCUCCAAAAGACCAGUCACAUUCAGCUUUCUUACUUCAAAAGGUAACUCACACUCUUGUGAAAUUGAAAAGAACUACAGUAAGUACUAUUUAG